ACACGUGAUGUCGAGUAAGCCUAAUUCUAAGCGGACAAUAUACGUUGGAGGACUAGCUGAGGAGGUCGACGAGAAAGUUUUAAACGCUGCUUUCAUCCCUUUCGGGGAUUUGGUUGAUGUUCAAAUACCUUUGGAUUAUGAGACUGAGAAGCAUCGGGGCUUCGCUUUCAUAGAGUUUGAAAAUGCUGAGGAUGCCGCCGCAGCCAUCGAUAACAUGAAUGAUUCCGAAUUAUUUGGUAGAACAAUACGAGUGAACAUAGCAGCUCCGCAACGCAUUAAAGAAGGCUCCACACGACCCGUCUGGUCGGAUGACUCAUGGCUGCAGAAACAUGCUGGGGAAACUCUUCAACUGAACAAAGAUGGUGAAGAAACUGAAACGAAAGACAAAACGGAAACUACUAGUGUUACACCAGCGAAACCUAUAGAGAAACGUAAUCCCCAAGUGUAUUUCGACAUAAGUGUGAACAAACAAGAGAUAGGCCGUAUAAUUAUGAUGCUUCGAGCUGACAUAGUCCCAAAAACAGCGGAGAACUUUCGAUCUUUGUGUACACACGAGAAAGGUUUCGGGUACCAGGGCAGUAGUUUUCAUCGAAUUAUUCCAGAAUUCAUGUGUCAAGGAGGAGACUUCACGAAUCACAACGGAACUGGGGGAAAGUCUAUAUACGGCAGAAAAUUUGAAGAUGAAAACUUCCAGCUAAAACACACCGGCCCGGGGGUUUUAAGUAUGGCUAAUUCCGGACCCAACUCGAAUGGAUCACAAUUCUUUCUUUGUACAGCAAAAACAGAAUGGUUGGACGGUAAGCACGUGGUGUUCGGUCACGUGAUCUCUGGCUUGGACGUGAUGAAGAAGAUGGAGAGGUACGGCAGUAAGAGUGGAACGGUUUCAGCGAAAGUUGUAAUAAGUAAUUGUGGAGAAUUACAAUGAUU